GCGGAGGCGGAGGUUCCGGCGGUAACGGGAGCUUCCGGGAGCAGUGUGCCGGGGCGAGCCGGACCCAGUGCGGUCGGGGUGAGGAUGAAGAAGGAGCAGGUGGUGCACUGCCAGUUCUCCGUGUGGUACCCGCUCUUCAGGGCCGUCACCAUCCGCAGUGUUAUACUUCCUCUGCCAGAGAAUGUGAAAGAGUAUUUGCUGGAUGAUGGAACACUUGUGGUUUCUGGAAGAGAGGACCCACCAAGUCAUGCUCAGGAGGGGAGUGAUGAUGCAGAGGAAAUACAGUGGUCAGAUGAUGAGAAUACUACAACACUUAAGGCACCAGAAUUCCCUGAGUUCACAGCUAAAGUUCAAGAAGCAAUAAGUUCCUUGGGUGGUAGUGUUUUUCCUAAACUUAACUGGAGUGCUCCAAGGGAUGCCUACUGGAUAGCAAUGAACAGCUCUCUGAAAUGUAAAGCUCUCAGUGACAUCUUCCUCCUCUUCAAGAGUUCAGACUUCAUUACUCGUGACCUCACUCAGCCAUUUAUUCACUGUACUGAUGAUUCCCCUGAUCCUUCCUUGAACUAUGAGCUUGUUCUUCGCAAAUGGUGUGAACUGAUCCCUGGUGCAGAAUUCAGAUGCUUUGUCAAGGAAAACAAGCUUAUAGGUAUAUCACAGAGGGACUACACUCAAUACUACGAUCAUAUCUCCAAGCAACAUGAGGAGAUCUGUAGAUCAAUACAGGAGUUUUUCAAGAAACACAUAGAGUAUAAAUUCUUGGAUGAAGACUUUGUUUUUGAUGUGUACAGAGACAGCAGGGGUAAGAUUUGGUUAAUAGAUUUUAACCCAUUUGGUGAAGUAACAGACUCCCUGCUGUUUACGUGGGAAGAACUGACCUCUGGGAAGAACUUGAAAGGAGACCAGGGUGAAGGGGAAGCAACAGAACAGGAUUGUCCAGUUUUCCGUUGCACUAACAGCGAAGUUACUGUCCAGCCAAGUCCGUACCUGAGUUACCGACUGCCCAAAGAUUUUGUGGACCUUUCUACAGGAGAGGAUGUUCACAAAUUAAUUGACUUUCUCAAACUGAAAAGAAACCAACAAGAUGAUGACUGAGGUAUCAAGAUGGAUUACAUUGAAUUACAACCCAGGAAUGUGGCAAAAAACUGUUUAGCAUAACUAUUAAGCUAUUGAUUUAAAGAAAACCUGCUUUUUCUAGUGAGUGAAAGAACUGGAGAGCUGUUCAUCCUGUGCAUCUGUUGGUUUCUAUCAAAGUACAGAAGAGCUUUUUCAGGGAAACAUGAAAGGUCAGGGUGAGUUCUCACUGGAUUCCAGGUUAAAUACAAUUACACCAUGGUGCAAGCAAGCAAUAGUCUGAGUGCAACUAAACGGCUGCUUUCCCCUCUCAUAAUGUGAAGACCGAUGCCAUGGAAGUGUGCCACCGGGACUCUGCAGUGAUAGAUCUGACAACUUUAAUGCUUGUGCAGUUAAAAAACCCCAUCCAGCAUUCUCUGAAUUUAGGCAGUCUUGCUUAAAAUAUAGUGUAGUCACAAGGAAAGGCAGGAAUGUACAUUUUCUUUUCUGGAGUAGCCUUUUAAAAUUGCAAAUUGACUUUUGGGAGCACUCAUCAUCAAAGAAAAGAGGAAAGAGAGUGAAGAAGGGAUCUUUUAUUUCUUUAUUGUGAGGGUUGAUACUUCAUUUCAGAGAACAGCUAUAGCUGUAGGAGACUAAAGCUUUGAAAAUUGUAUGUUUCAGGAAUUGGAAGUUCUGAAAGCAUUUCAAGUAAAGUAAUAUUCCUCACAGUUGCUAAAGCUGUAAAAUUCCUUAAACUUCACUAAGUUUCAUUUUAUUUUCAUAGCAAAGCUUUCAUGAAGCUUCUUUUUUAACAUGAUUACGUAUUGGACAUCAUCUGUGGCUUGAAUACAAAUAGUGAAACAAUGCCAACCUGUAAUGUUUUAUAUGGACUCAGUCUUUUCUAUCACAUCUUUGGGUUUCUUAAGAAAAUGAUUACUUUCCUGGCUUGUAAAACUGUAUUCUGGGGAAACAAGUUCUUGUUAGUGAUUGCUGUUAUUUUGGAGAUGGAGAGGACAGUUUCAGACAAAGAACCAAGUAGUUUUUGGAUGUAGGUGUUUACAUGGCAUCAGUAAUUUGCUAACAGUGUGCACAAGUGUGCACAAUUCCUGUUGAAAGGCUGUUUGGAGGUGUUCGUAGCCCCUGGAAGCUGCUUUCUGUUUCAGAUCCAUAUGUGAUACUUCGUGUAUAUAAAGCUGUUCGUGUUUCUUUGCCUUACUUUUGCUGUCAAAUUGAUAUGGUGCACAGUUACAAUCUGUUCUUCACUGUUAAAUCUGAUCUUAGAUGUUAUUAUUUGCUGUCUUUAUUUAGCUGCAGUUUUGAAUGGAUACUUUUCCUAGUUAAAGAUUAUGCGGGUUAAGAAUCCACUUCUACCAAAUACAUCAAUGAAACAUCACCGAUUCAAA